AUGCAUAAGUGUAUAGUGUGCGGUAAUAGAUCUAUUAAAACCAAUGCUAAAAGGGAAGGAGUUAGAUAUCAUGGAUUUCCCAAGAACGAUAACUUGAGUAGAGAAUGGCUUAAAGUUUUAGGGAUUGAUCGUUGUCAUAAAUGGCAACGGGUAUGCAGUAAUCAUUUUAUAGAAGAGAACUAUAGAACUGGAAAAAAGCGAUUUUUACUUCCAAAUGCUAUUCCCCAACCUUAUAAUCGAAAUGGUUUUAUUAUAAUAUAA